AACACGCGACUGGCUGCCCGUCCGCUUCCCUCCUGGACAUGUCCUGGCCCCUUCCCACCACCACGCCUCUGCCGCCGCCGCUCGCCCUCGCCCCCUCGCGCGUCUCCCUCGCCGCCCUCCUCCCGUCUCCACCCCCCGCCGUCGCAGCCGCGGCCAUCCCUACCGAACCCGCUUCCGCCCCGCGGAUCCGCCGGGUCGACGCCCCGGGAGCAGCUCCGGGGAUGUCGUCCGCUUCCAGCGCCGAGGGCGAGGCUGCCGGCGAGUUCACGGAGGUCGUGAUCGUGCGGCACGGCGAGACCUCGUGGAACGCCUCGCGCAUCAUACAGGGGCACUUGGACGCUGAGCUGAAUGAGAUUGGGAGGCAGCAAGCUGUCGCGGUUGCUCAUCGGCUGUCUAAAGAAGUCAAACCGGCUGCGAUAUAUUCUUCUGAUCUGAAGCGAGCAGCAGAGACUGCACAAACAAUUGCCAGAAUUUGUAAUUUACCAAAUGUUGUGUUUGAUCCAGCACUGAGAGAACGACAUAUUGGGGAUCUGCAGGGCAUGAAGUUGCAAGAUGCUGCCACACAAAGGCCAGAGGCUUACAAAGCUUUUGUGUCCCACAAGAGAAACCAGCAAAUUCCUGGUGGUGGAGAGAGUCUUGAUCAACUGUCAGAACGAUGUGUCUCGUGCUUGUGUGGCAUUGUUGAGAAACACAAAGGGGAGCGGGUUAUCUUGGUCUCACACGGCGGUACCAUCAGAGAACUCUACAGGCAUGCCAGUCCGACGAAGCCGCUUCAUGGUAAAAUACACAACACUUCAGUAAGUGUUAUUCUCGUGUCUGGUACCACUGGCCGUUGCAUUGUCAAAUUGUGUGGAGACAUUAGUCACCUUCAGGAGACCGGUGUCCUGGAGAAUGCCUUUGGUGGCGAUAAGGCCUCUGCCUAAUUCCAGCUUUAGGACCAUCGUACUUGCAGCAUUUAUCACAUGCAAAGGGUAUGCAUUUUCGUCGUCAUUUUAGUUGUAACGGAUCAAUCUAUUACUAUCAAUAGUGGAAGAUGAUGCACUUGAAUA